GCGGCUUCGGGGCGGCGCGGUGGCGCACUGUGCGCACCGAGCAGGCGAAGGGCGAGCGCCCGCGGUGAUCGCGGCUGCAGCGCGGGCCGACCCAGCCGGCAGCGACUGCAUCUCGGCACCGGCAGUCCCGGCGGCCUUGGCGGAGGGGACCUUUCUGCUCCCUGCUCUGUCCCUCGGUCCACGCCCGGGGCAGGCGCGGCCGCCGUCCCGGAAGAAGCCCCGAAAGACAGUCGAACUAGACCCUCGGAGAGCGGGCGGCGGGGGCUUGGAGUGUUGGUGGGCGUCGGGCAGACGCUCGGGCGAGGAGGAGCGCAUCGCUGUUGGUCUCCGUUCUUGGUGGUCCCCGCGAUGAGGGCGCCUCGGGGGCCUCAGGAACUUUGAAAGCAGCGGGCCCCGGGGUAGAGGAGCUGCUGCAGACAGCUCGGCAGGAGGGGGGUGGGGUGUGGGGGACUCGGCCCUCGGCCCCCCACGUCCGGGGCGGAAGCGCCUCCGAACCCGCCCUGGCCCCCGCGCGGCCCGAGAGGAAGUUCUGGGCAACUUGGCCCGAGACGUCGGAGAGGCAGAGCGGAGCCACGGAGGCUGCGGGCUCGAGCCGCGGAGAGCCGGGAAGGCGGAGAGAGCCAGGAUCGGGCGCCGAGCCGGGGCGCGAGCGGAGACUGCGGGAGAAGCGGGGCCGCCGAGCCCGCGGCCAGCCCCGGAGCCGCGCGUCCCGCCCGCCUCCCGCCAGCUGCUCGCAUUCGAGGCCGGGGCCGCCUCGCCGUCCCGGACGCGAGCCGGUGCGCGAUGCCCCCGAAGCGGCAAGAGCCGGGGCCGCAGCGACUCUCGGCCCGCUCGGGAUCUGCCGCCUGAGCCUGAGCGCGCCCCGGAGAGAGCUGGACCAGCCCGCGGAGUUGCGCGCCCGCUCGCAGCCCGGCCACACGAGCUCCCUUUCCCGCCUCUAGAGGCAGCUCCGGGCAGCGGUCUCCAGCCCCGAAGUCGCCCGCCGUGUCUUCUGAGCCCGGCUCGCUCGCGGCCGGGGCCUAGCGGCCCCCGACGCCACGCGGGGCAGCCCUUUGGCGCCGGGAGGCGGCGGCGGCGGCCGGCCUGCAGUCUGGAGCGCCCCGAUGGAAAUACACUGUAAGCACGACCCGUUUGCAUCCAUGCAUAGACAUGGAGGAGUGAAUCAGCUUGGGGGGGUUUUUGUGAAUGGACGACCACUCCCGGAUGUAGUCCGCCAAAGGAUAGUGGAACUUGCUCACCAAGGUGUCAGGCCCUGCGACAUCUCCAGGCAGCUUCGGGUCAGCCAUGGUUGUGUCAGCAAAAUUCUUGGCAGGUAUUAUGAGACCGGGAGCAUCAAGCCGGGGGUAAUUGGAGGCUCCAAACCAAAGGUUGCCACGCCCAAAGUGGUGGAGAAGAUUGCUGAGUAUAAACGCCAAAACCCCACCAUGUUUGCCUGGGAGAUCAGGGACCGGCUGCUUGCAGAACGGGUGUGUGACAAUGACACGGUGCCCAGUGUCAGCUCUAUCAACAGGAUCAUCCGGACAAAAGUACAGCAGCCGCCCAACCAGCCGGUCCCUGCCUCCAGUCACAGUAUAGUGUCCACGGGCUCCGUGACGCAGGUGUCGUCGGUGAGCACCGACUCGGCCGGCUCCUCGUACUCCAUCAGCGGCAUCCUGGGUAUCACGUCCCCCAGUGCUGAUACCAACAAGCGCAAGAGAGAUGAAGUUCUGCUGUCCCCUUCGUCCUGCCAGGCUGAGCUCAGGGGGACCUUGGCUCAGAGCCUGCUUCAGUAUUCAGGUAUUCAGGAGUCCCCGGUGCCCAACGGCCACUCGCUGCCCGGCAGAGACUUCCUGCGGAAGCAGAUGCGGGGGGACCUGUUCACGCAGCAGCAGCUGGAGGUGCUGGACCGCGUGUUCGAGAGGCAGCACUACUCGGACAUCUUCUCCACCACGGAGCCCAUCAAGCCCGAGCAGACCACAGAGUACUCAGCCAUGGCCUCGCUGGCUGGAGGGCUGGACGACAUGAAGGCCAACCUGACCAGCCCCACUCCCGCUGACAUUGGGAGCACCGUACCCGGGCCACAGUCCUACCCCAUUGUGACAGGCCGUGACUUGGCGAGCACGACCCUCCCUGGGUACCCUCCACACGUGCCCCCCGCUGGACAGGGCAGCUACUCGGCGCCCACGCUGACAGGGAUGGUGCCCGGGAGUGAAUUUUCCGGGAGCCCCUACAGCCACCCCCAGUAUCCCUCCUACAACGACUCCUGGAGGUUCCCCAACCCGGGGCUGCUUGGCUCCCCGUACUAUUACAGCGCCGCCCGAGGGGCCGCCCCGCCCGCAGCUGCCACCGCCUAUGACCGCCACUGACCCUCCCGCCGGCGGGCACCCUGUGCUCCCACAUAUAUCCCUGAGGGUGGUCACUCCUGGCCCCUCAGAAGACAGCCAAAGGGGCACAACGAGAUCGUCCCCCAGCACCAAUCCCCCACCUCGCCUUGAAGCUCCUCCCCCACCCUUUCCUGCAGGGACUCUGGGGGUCCCUGGCCAGGCUGUUGGACUUCCAGACGUGUGUCUGCUCCCAAGAGUCCGUCUACGGGUUUCUCCCAGCAGCCACGGGGGGCUCCGCAGACCUCUGGAUUCUUGUGCAGACACCUACCCGCAGCUCCAGCCCAGCCUGCCUACCCAGUCCUUGCACCCCCACCAUACCCCCAGGGUCCCCCGCUCCUACGUCGCCACCCCGGGAGGAAGACUUGCUUUUGCCACAUCCACCCGUGUAAAUAGCAUCUUGCUCUCGUGGGCCGAGGGGCCAGCGGAGCCGACCAGCCACCCGUGAUGAUGCAUCCUGCUCUCCUGAUGUGUCCCAGGACAUCCCAGACCUGCACCCAGAGCCAGCCUUUGCCCUGGGGGAGGGGCCCACCCCAGCAGGUGACCUGGGAGCUGUCCUGAGCCCCACCCACUGGGGUGCAGCCCCCAACCACUGCCACUUCUUUGAUGUCUUAAAGGAGCCUCAUGCGGCUGGCUCUUCGCCAAGCCCCCUUCUCCCCUCUGAAGAUGCCCCCCCCCAAGAGAAACACAUCUGGGGAGACACCUUGAGCCGCUGCCCCCAGCCUCCAUCUCCCCAUGCCCAGUGUCCUGCCAACAGCUUGUCCCCAUCCCCCUCUCUGAGGACUCAAAGGGAACUUUUGAGGUGAUGUCUCAGCGGUCACCUGAGGUGUUGAUGGCACUUGCGGACUCAGCACCCGCAGGUGGGGACUCGGGUUCGAGCACGGGUCUGGAAGCUGUCCCGACCCCCGAAGCUAUCGAGCCAAGCGGGAGAGGUCUCCUGAAGCAAACCUGGCUCACAUCACAGUGGACGCCCCCACGGACAUUUUCCCAGCCUCCAAGGAUGCCAGCAAGCAGGUUCUGGACCGGCCCAUCCCUGUCACUCAGACAGAAGUCACCACAAAGGACUGUCCCUGCACUGGCCUCUGCCGCCACUCAGUGCUCCAGAAGCAGGCCCUGCCCUCCGCAUGGUGCCCAGUGGGCAGCUGGGAGCCCAGGCACUGAGCUGGGGGCAGCUGGGUGCCCUCCACUGUGGCAGCCACCUGGGGGCCAGGACCACAGUGCUCACAGAGCUUCCUGUGGGCUGCAGCAAUCAGAGUCCCCUGGGGGGCGGUCCAAGG